AUGGAGGAUCGAGACGCUGAUGUUCACAACUUCUCUCCUCCUUCGUCCCAGCAUCGACUGCCAACCGUUACGGGCAUCGAAGCCUUGCAAAAUACUACAGCCAACUCGAGAGGCAUUCCAUCUGGUCUUCCAGCUUUGGACGCAAUCCUCGUAAACAACGGCAUCAACAAGCUAUCGAGUGCGACACCAGGUAUCCAACGCGGUUAUGUUACCGAAGUAUUCGGCCCUCCAGGCGUUGGCAAGACCACAUUCGGGCUGCAGGCCUCCGUCAACGCAGUGCGCUCGACAGAGGAAGCGUCUCAUGUGCUAUGGGUCAAUACUGGAUCGCCGUUGAUCGAAACCAGACUUGAUGAUCUGAUGAAAGGCCCCCCAACUCCCCCCACCGCGAAAUCGCCUUCUUCACCACGAGAACGCGUCGGUAUAGAUGCGCUGCUGGACGAGAAGUUUACUUAUUUAGACGCCCACACGUUGCCUCGCCUGUUGACGGUGUUCCUGUACCCUCCUGCGUCAUUUCCUUCACCCCAGACGUGCCUGAUUGUUGUCGACGAUCUGUCAAAUCUCCUCCUUGGCGCCUUUUCACGGACUCAAAAGAAUCUCAAGCCGUCCGCACCAGCGGCGGUAAGGGAGAGAUUCGAGAAGCAAGCCGCAUCGAAGCGCUUUCAGGUCAUGGAAAAUCUCGCCACAGCAAUGUCCAAGAUGGCUGCGAUCAGGAAUAUUGCCAUUGUCGUCUUGACGAACGCAACCACCAAUUUGAAAAGUUCUAACAGAGCUACUUUGAAACCAGCGUUAUUCAGUCAAGCUUGGGAGUCAGCCGUGUAUACUCGCAUCAUGCUUUACCGCGACUUUGUGGAUGACGCGCAACUGGCAGAAGCGCGGGAUGCACGCUCGCUGGGGUUACGAUACGCAGAAGUUCAACGUAUGGCGAAGAAAGACUUCAUCACGAACCCGGUUCCGUUUGUGAUCUCAUCAGGCGGGCUUCGAGAGCUGGCCUUGUCUGAAGCAGCAAGCCAAGCCCGGCUUCUCCCUCAAUCCAACGGCGUCGCGGAAGCCGACACUGGCCGGCUUGGCCACGACUUACCACUCCUCCCCGCGGAGCUUUCACAACCCUCGCAGCUCCAUUUGCCAACACAGCCAAAGAAACGAAAGGCUUUCGAAAUUGCUGACAGCGAAGAUGAAGACGAAGAGGACGCUAUGGUAUCAGACCCAGGCGAGCCCAAACUGCCCAGCAUGGCCCUGGUGUCUCGCGUAAGGGAAGACGAGAUGUUACUUGAAACACACGAAAUGGCAUUGUUGAAAAGAGAAAGGUAUGCUCGAAUUAGAGGCUCGGAAGAUGAGAUUCCUUUGCCAUCAUCGGAUGCUGAGGCGUCUAUAGCGGGGUCGCCCUGA